CGCCUCUCUUCAGCAGACAGCUGCUUCUGUUUCAGGAUGUCUGCGAUGCACUGGGAGGCCAGGCGGCGUCAGAGUGCUCUGGAGCGCAGGAUGGCACGGGACAAGCAGCAGCUGCUGCAGAAAGCUUCUGAGACCAGCUGCAAUUCAACCGACUCAAACUCAACACAAGAGCAAGCAGCUGAGGUCCAGUGUCCCCACUGUAAGGGCAUCCUGAAGACACCUGUCCAUCACAGUGCCAAGGUGCCCAACAGAUACUCGUCUCUACAGUACACCCAGCAGUGGUGAAGAAGAAGAGGAAAAGCGUCGUUCUCUGACAACCUCACUGGAUUACUGGACCUUUAAGAGAGAAGAAAUAACUUCCCAUAGCAGCAGGUGGCGGGAAAACCUGAGGAUAUAUAAGCCGUUGUUACAUGAACGAAGCAGUGUUUCCAACACUGCUAAAUAUCUGAGCCUUUGAAUCAUUAAAUGAGAGGGAGAUAAAAGAAAAAAAUGUAAGAUCCUGUGUGUGCCCUCUUGACAUUUGCUGUGUUUUUCUUCUAGAGCACUGAUUUGGUUUAGCUUGAGUGAUUUCAACUAAUAUCCUGCAGAAAUGAAAUGAGUUCAGCUAAUACUGAUGUCAGUUUGUAAUGUUUCCAGUAAGAAAACCUUCCUCUCUCUCAGAGCUCUUUUCACCAGGAUGGAAACAUGUGAUGACCAUUCAACAAUAAUAAUAAUAAUUACUUACAUUUAUUUAACUUAGGUUGGAAGGCUAAUCUAAACUAGGUGAGUUUUCAUGGUUGACUUGAAGAGAUCCAGAGAAGGGGCGUUCUGGACUUCAGCAGGGAGGGAGUUCCAGGGGGUCAGGGCAGCCAUGCUGAAAGCACGAUCCCCGAAUAUGCAGAGGUUUAAACGGGGGAUGGAAAGUAGGCCAGAGUCUGAGGAUGGCAGAGUACGGGACGGGAUGUAUGGGUGGGGGAGAUCUGUGAAGGACUUGUAGGUGAGGAGGAGGAGUUUGUAGGUGAUGAGGGACUUGACCGGGAACCAGUGGAAGUGACGGAGCAGGGGUGAUGUGCUGCCGGGGCUUAGUGUAGCAGCAGGGUCAUCAGAAAAAUCACCAGAAGCAGAAAGACAGGAAGUGAACACUAACAGGAACACGGUCUGGGCUCUGCAGGGUUCAAUGACUUGUUCGAGAAAACCUGGAUCAGGGUCUGCUGUUUAUUUUAAAUGAAGUUGUUGUUGUCGCAGUUCCAGCCGUUGGUACUCAGUGGAACAGAUCAUUUUUUCCCCUAGAAGACACAAUAUGAUCAUUUUUAGGUCGAUAAUAUAAUUUAAAAUUGAUAUUGAGAGUCAAGUCAUUGGUUUAUUUAGUAGCCGUGUAAUAAGCGGGAGAAUGUACAACGAGGCGGUCAUUAAAGAAAAAAGAUCAACAUCCCUCUGC